AUGGCGCUUCAAGCCUCCGCCUUGCCUGGCAUUGCGGCAGCCGCGACUAAAAUGUCGCCCUCGAUAUCGAAUGCGAUGGCCGCGUCAUGGAGAACUUUGGGACGAAAUACACAAAUGUCGCCACAAUCGAGUUUGCUGAGAGGGAGAGCCUUUCAAGGAACAAGGUCAUAUUCAUCAGGAUUACCAAGGUCUGCCGAAAAAGAACUUCCAGAUGCCUUUCGCCACCUUCCAUCCCCGUUUCCCUCGAGCGUCAGCCCCCGAACCCUUCGCCAAACACCCUUCGAUAUUAGGUACGCGAUGGCGGCGGUACCUAGAGUGGCUCAUGCUGGUAUAACUGGUGGUGCUUUUACCGCCCUAUCCCAGCGCCGGCAAAUGUCUACUACAUUACAUUCCCAGUUUCAACGUCCUAGUUCCCUUUCGAAGUCGACGAUGAAACCUCAACGACGAACCAUCUUCGGCACGAGCAACAACUCAAGAAACCUCGCAAACCUAGAGCAGACGGCCAACAAGAAUCCGAAUAGCGCCACCGCUCAGAAUGCCUUCUACCAGGCGCUAUUGAGGGCAGGCAUGCCUGCUAUUGUUGUGGAACGGUAUCAGACAAAUGCCUUUGCAAGCAAUACCGCUUGCGAAAAUGCAUUUCAGCGCGCUCUUGCUUCCCUUGGCCAGGUAGGCGGUUCGGCUAUGACCCCACAAGUUGGUGGGCAGAAUAGCCCCUACAGCAACGCCCAAUUACAGGCUAUCGGUCAAGCUGUCGCUGCUUCAUCCCAAGGCGCCAAUGUUAGCAUCGCAAGAGGCCAAGGCGCUGCUCCUGGUUCCGGAGGUAGAGAUGCCCCGCUUCAUGUAGUGGUUGAGGAGACCAUCGGCGGAACAAUCUUCAAAUGGGUAAAGUUCGUCAUGUAUUUUGGUUUAGUCACCUAUCUAUGUUUGAUCGUCGUGGCAAUGCUCCUGGAAACCUUCCAAUCCUUUAAGAGGGCUGGGGGAGCAAAGGCCGACAACGAAGCCAAAUCGGAGCAACAGAAUGUCAGAUUUUCUGAUGUUCAUGGCUGUGAUGAGGCAAAGGAGGAACUUCAGGAGCUUGUGGAGUUCUUGAAGAACCCAGACAAGUUCUCAAACUUAGGUGGCAAACUUCCCAAAGGCGUUCUGCUUGUCGGCCCUCCUGGUACUGGAAAGACACUUCUCGCGCGGGCCGUUGCCGGCGAGGCUGGCGUCCCGUUCUUCUUUAUGUCUGGCAGCGAGUUUGACGAAGUCUACGUUGGCGUUGGUGCGAAGCGAGUCCGGGAACUAUUCUCCGCCGCCAAAGGUAAAUCUCCCGCGAUCGUCUUCAUCGACGAACUUGAUGCUAUCGGAACCAAACGAAACGCUAGAGAUGCCGCCUAUCAUAAGCAGACACUCAAUCAACUCCUGACCGAACUGGAUGGUUUUGAGCAAAACAGCGGUGUCAUCAUCUUGGCGGCAACUAACUUCCCUCAACUCUUGGAUAAAGCUCUAACCCGACCUGGACGAUUCGAUCGAAAUGUCGUCGUUGGCCUUCCUGAUGUUCGUGGACGGAUGGAAAUCCUGAGGCAUCACAUCAAGAAGGUCGUCGCUGGCAAGGACGUGAGCCUCGAAACACUGGCACAAGGUACACCUGGCUUUUCUGGAGCUGAGUUGGAGAAUGUCGUCAACCAAGCUGCUGUGCAUGCUAGCAAGGCCAAAGCUCAAGCGGUUUCGAUGUUCGAUUUCGAGUGGGCUAAGGAUAAAGUUAUGAUGGGUGCCGAAAAGCGGAGUAUGAUCAUCACCGAGAAGGAGAAGGAGAUGACUGCAUAUCAUGAAGCCGGUCAUGCGUUGGUAACAAUGUUCACCCCCGGAGCGAAUCCCCUACACAAAAUUACUAUCAUGCCACGUGGAAGUUCUCUGGGAAUGACGGUGCAUCUGCCAGAGAUUGACAAAUACUCGAUGGCCUUCAGCGAAUAUGAAGCACACAUUGACGUGUGUCUUGGAGGAAAAGCCGCUGAAGAACUUAUUUAUGGCCCGGAGAAUGUCUCAGGUGGCGUUGCAGGUGAUCUCCAAGCAGCUACUCGGCUUGCGUACGAAAUGGUAACAAUGGUUGGCAUGUCGCCCAAGCUAGGUAAUGUUGACCUGGCGUCCAAUCAUGACAAGCUCUCUGCUGGCACCAAACAACUCAUCGAAUCUGAAGUCCGGCGAAUCAUCGAGGAGGGCCGUGCGCGUGCGACACGACUUCUCGUGAGUAAGCGCAAAGAACUGGACUACCUCGCCAAUGCCUUGUUAGACUAUGAGACUCUGGACCGCGAUGAGACCUACAAGGUUAUCAAAGGAGAAAAGCUGGAGGGCAAGAUGAUCAUGCCUCGUGGAAUUAUUAAAGUCCCUAAUGUUGGAGCCGUCCAUGAAGUCCCACAGAUUCCCGGCAGCGCACCUGACGAAAGUGGUUCCAAGGAGCCGCCCAGUGGUGCCAUAGCGUAG